AUGAACGUGGAUGCAGAACUCUGGGCUGAUGGUGAAGGUGUACUCCGCAGCCGUGCUGCUGCUGGACAUCUUGGUGCUGCUGUCGCUAUUCCGCCUCAUCGUGCCGCCGCAGGAGAAGUCUGUUUGCGUCACGCCGCCUUUGCCUUUCAAAUACACUAA